AUGUUAAUGCUUAGCUUCAUCACCGCGAUAGCCAAUAAACUAUUGAGGUAUACAAUGGAUGAUCAACCACAACAGCCACCGCAACCACAAGAGAGAAAAAAGAGAAUAGCCACACAACUAAUUGACAGUCAAGAGCCACAAGAAGUUGAUUUCGAUCAUUUUGGUCUCCAUUAUGGGGAUAAACAAAUUAAGUUCGCCAAUGAGUGUGGAGUCCUCACACGAUCGAUGAUUUCUAUCAAUUAUCGAACAUGGAAGAAAGUGCCGCAGGGUGAACUUGAAAUGUUGUGGUUAACUAUUAAAAGACACUGGAAUAUUCAAAAUAAUAAACGCAGAGAUGAUGUGCUUAAAAUUUGCAACACUGCAUGGAAAUGCUACAAGAAGAGGCUCAUACGUGAUUUCAUGGCCAAUGGAAGAGAUCCAAUUCCAAUCUACCCAUAUCUAGACCCUGAUACAUGGAAAACCUUCAAAAAGGAGAGAUCUUCAAAGGAAUUUCAGGUAAUCAGUGAGAAAGCGAGAGCAAAUGCGAAGUUUCAAAAAAAAUGCAGCACGGUUAGGUCCACAUGGGUAUCGGGGCAGACAAGCUCAAUGGGAACAAGAGAUUGCAUCCGGAGGGUUGUCGGAAGAGUUAGCAUCAGAAUUGUGCAGAGGUGGAAAGUCAAAUAUCGUGAGGAGAAUGGGUCCCUGAACCUGGAGAAGAUUCGUCGACAGCAGUGUUAG